AGAGAGAGAGAGAGAGAUCCAGGAUUUGGGAUUCGAGGAAAGAGGGAAGAACGUAGGAAGAAGGCGAGAAGAAAUUCUAAAUUCGACCAGAAUUCUGGAGAAUUUAACUCUUCCGGGCUCCAUCAACAUCCGAAGACUCGAUCUUGGGAAGCUUUUUGAAGGAGGGAAGAGAGAGAAAGCGAGAUACGUUUCAAUGGCGACACUUGUGAAGGAGGAGGACGAAGAGGAGAGGAGGAGACGACACAGCAGCAGCGAAGGGGCCGAAUACUAGUCGCCGCCUUAACCCACAUCAGCUGUCGGUGAUCGGUUGGAUCGAGGAUUCGGCGAGAGCAAACAAAGAGAGUUUGGGGGGAUGGAGGGGAAGAACAGCACGCCUCCUCGUUUUCCGGCGAUCGCGGAUGAGAUUUCGAAUCCCGCGACCAGGACCUCGGCGGCUUCGCCUGGCUAUUUUAGUACCGUCUUCCCUCCGGCUUCCCAGGUGAUCGCGAAGGAUUUAUCACAUUCAGAUUUGUGCUGGACUUUGAACAAACAGAGAAAUGAAGGUCGCAUUGCAAUUGCUCAGAUCGCAACUACAGAGAGUCCAACUAAAGCUCAAAGCAUGCAUUGCAAAGAUGCGAAACCAGUCUACGCCAAUGAAUACAUGGAGCCGCCCUAUUUACUAUCCGUGAAUUAUGGCGCCAGAGAUUUCUACACGAGUUCAUCUUCCUCUCAAACAUCAAUAACUCCAGAAAAAUUUAGAGUGCAUGAAGGAGAUGACUCGAAUAACACACGCACUGCUGACAGAGGUGACUGGUGGCAAGGUUCUCUUUACUACUAAGAAUCACAAGCUACAGAGAAGGUAUACUGAUUCCGUAAGAAUGGAGUGUGUGGAACGUAGUUGACUUUGACUUUUGUAGUAAAAGAUCAGUCUUUUGCUAGUUUGGUAGAAUUAUAGAUGAACUUGGGGUGGUUCAUCCACUUGGACCUUCACCUCCAACUCAUUAAAAUGAGGUUGUGGUUUGCCUUUGUAAUACUUGUGAUGAUGUAUGUGAAUUUUAUAGGUGUUUUUAUUUCA